AGGGUUCAGGCGACGCUCUCCUUCAAUCUUGUUGCAAAAUGUCCCUAGUUUAGUUUAAAGUGCGAGAGAGAGAGAGAGAGAGAGAGAGCGAAGAAGACCAAACCGAACCAUCUUCCUUGCUCGUCACUAAUCCUUCACCAGCUUUAUUAAUGUGGAAGAAAGACAAAGCAGUAUAUUCAAUUACAAUAGCUCAAAACCAGACACUUUUCGACAUUGAUAAGCAAUAUUGUGUAUUAGAUUAAGCUUACAACAAUUUAUCAAGGGUUGUGCAUCUUUCGGGAUCAUGCCUCGUAAAGUAAACUACGGGCUUGAUUACGAUGAUGAAGACUACGAUGCCUAUGAAGAUUAUGAUUAUGACCAUGACCACGAUUUGGAAAUAGAAAAUAAUGGCAAAGAACCUGAGUUAAAGCAGGAAACUGUAAGGCGUGAUGUUUGGCGUUGUUCCAUUUGUACAUAUGAUAAUGAAGAAGGUUUGACUGCGUGUGACAUUUGUGGGGUUCUUCGUAAACCUUUGGGUAGAGUUGGAAGCAAUAUUGAUAAGAAAACAGUUGAAGGCAGAUGCAAAGAUUCUGGAGCAUCCGUAAUGGCCAAGUGUCUUUUUGCAUCGUUGCCGCGCAAGAUAACCCAAAAGGCUGUAUUAUUUCAUCAGCAGAAAGAUGAUUUUCUGAUAGAAGAGGGAAAUAAGUUCUACAAGCUUGGGGAUAUCCAAGGACCCAUUCAUGAAUUCCAAAAUGCUUUUAUUAUUCAUAAGAAUGAUGAUAUUAAUAUAGCUCCUUUCAAGUUUGAUGUUCCAUCCCCAGAUGAUGUGGUUUCCAAUGGAUUGCGAUCCUCCAAAGUGGGUUCAAAAGCCAGUGUUAGUGACGUAGAGUCUUCGGGAGUUUCCUCGAAAGCUGCUAAGAAGAAUAGUGCAGUUAGGGCACAAUCAAGUGCUGAAUGGUCAGAUAGCUCAUCUACUGCAGCACAAAAAGACCAACAAGCUAGAUUAGAUAAGGGAACUUCAUCAGGGAAUAGGGCAUUUAGCCAUCCCCAUGGAAGUAGUGGCACCACAACUAUACAGUCAAAUGGUAGUUUGUCAGACAGUUCAUCCUUGCAGCCAACAAGCUCUCAUAUGGAAGAGGGCAUUAGUUCUUUAGUGAUUGGAGGCAAGCCUGAGAGUCUUACUACUAGCUCUAAGAACAUGUCUUCCGAUGCUAGAUCUGGGCAUUCGAAAAUUGUUAGUUCUAGCGGAUCGCAUUCACGAGCAGACUAUAAACCUGAAAAAUGGAUGCUUCCUGACAAAGCUGUUGAUACAUUGACUCAACUGAAUCUUGCAAUUGUUGGACAUGUUGAUUCAGGAAAAUCAACACUCUCAGGUAGACUGCUUCACCUUUUGGGACGGGUAUCUAAAAAAGACAUGCACAAAUAUGAGAAAGAGGCAAAGUCACAGGGCAAGGGGUCAUUUGCAUAUGCUUGGGCAUUGGAUGAGAGUGCAGAAGAAAGGGAAAGAGGAAUAACUAUGAAUGUGGCUGUUGCAUAUUUUGAUUCCAGAAAGUAUCAUGUUGUUGUGCUCGAUUCUCCUGGCCAUAAAGACUUUGUUCCAAACAUGAUAUCUGGGGCAACACAAGCUGAUGCUGCAAUACUUCUUGUAGAUGCUUCGUGUGGUGCAUUCGAAGCUGGUAUAAAGGGACAGACUAUGGAACACGCACAACUUAUCAGAAGCUUUGGUGUUGAUCAAAUUAUAGUUGCGGUUAACAAGAUGGAUGUUGUUGAAUACUCCAAGGAUCGAUUUGAUGAAAUCAAACAGACACUUGGAACAUUUCUCCAUUCCCGUGGCUUCAAAGAUUCUUCAGUGUAUUGGGUUCCAUUGAGUGUCAUGGAAAAUCAAAAUUUGGUAUCAGCUCCUUCUGAGGCUCGUUUGUUGUCUUGGUAUCGUGGACCUUCCCUGUUGGAUUCAAUUGAUUCCCUUCAACCUCCCACGAGAGAUUUUCAAAGGCCACUGCUCAUGCCAAUAUGUGAUGUCAUUAGAUCUACUUCUCUGGGACAGGUGUCUGCUUGUGGUAAAUUGGAAGCAGGAGCUCUUCGGAGUGGAUCAAAGGUUCUGGUUAUGCCUUCAGGAGAAUUAGGGACUGUCCGCUCUUUAGAACGGGAUUCUCAGGCAUGUUCCAUUGCAAGAGCUGGUGACAAUGUGGGUGUUACUCUUCAAGGCAUUGAUGGAGGUCAUGUGAUGGCAGGGGGCGUGCUCUGUCACCCUGGUUUUCCGGUUGCAGUUGCAAAACAUUUGGAAUUGAAAGUGCUUCUUUUGGAUGUCGCCACCCCUAUUUUAAUUGGCUCUCAGGUGGAAUUUCACAUACACCACGCCAAGGAGGCUGCAAGAGUUGUAAAAAUAUUGUCAUUAAUUGAUCCAAAGGGAAAAGUGACGAAAAAGUCUCCUCGCUGUCUACUUGCAAAGCAGAGGGCUGUUAUAGAGGUAGUUUUGCAAGGACCAGUUUGUGUGGAAGAGUAUACAAGUUCUAAAGCUCUAGGGAGCGUAUCUCUGAGGGCAUCAGGAAACACUGUGGCCCUCGGUGUUGUAAGCCGGAUUAUAAAGGAGCAGGAGUAGUUCGAGCAGUUGUCAUGGGAGAACAUCAUGUACACUAGUACCGAUCGCCGCAAUGGCUGAGUGGUGGUUUUGUUUUGGGGUUGAUUGUUGUAUGUACAUUUAACAGUCUUUCGGGUCAUCUACACAUGAUGUUCACCACUUCAAGUGGUUUGUGAUAGCGGACCCAAGCCGAUACGUAAUUUGUAUAAUUUAUUGGUUCUUUCAUGUGAAUUCAUUUAGAGAGAGGUGAAGUCCAUAUAAGGUAGCUACUAGCUGCUGGACUCUUGCUUUUCAA